AUGGAUUCCUUCGCCUGGUCUUCCCUCCCUCUCUCACCCGCAAAACAGCUAUCAGCCACCCUCCCCCUCACCCGUGGGUCUCCCGCCGCUGGGAACCAGACACCUACCCCGUCCAACCCCGAGAACCCCGAGCAGCUCUCCCGCCAUGACCGCAAUGACCGGGACGGCCUCGCCAGUGCAGCGCCGCCGCAAGAGAAACCUGACAAACAAGAAAAACAGCACCGCCAUCUGAUCUUCGACACCGCCGCGCUAGACGCCGGGCGGCUUCGACCACGCCACAAGCACAAGCACAGCAAGUCCCGCGACGGCCGGUUCCCGCGCCUCAUGAACCCGAUUGCCUCGUCGGCCGGGGGCAGCACGAAAGCGCUGUUCCCGACAUGGUCGGGCGGGCGCGAGAAAGACAACGACGCUGAUAACGGUCUGCUCCGACCGGUUACGCGGGAGACGACGCGGUCGCGGUGGGGGUCCGAGUCGACAGUUGGGUUUGGCACGGGGAGUCGGAAGGGCAGUCUGUUUGAGGAUAUGGAUGCGGGGACGAAGCUGGGGUUGAUCCGGCCGCAGGAGAUCCGGUCGGUGGAGGAUUUGGAGCAGGUGCGGGAGCGGAGGAAACAGGGCGAGGAAUUCCUGCGCUCUGCGCUGUCGUUUAUUGGGACGCUCGCGACCGACAUCACCCGUCGACUGGACUACACGUACUACAACCUGCUGGAGAAGAUCGCGGCGCUGAACACGACCGUGUCGUCGUUUCAGGAGCUGUCCGACUCGACUACGACGCUCCUGGCGGACUUUGAGCGCGAAACUACGAGCCUGGAACAGGAUGUACGCAAGCAGAUUGGCGAGCUGCGCGAGUUCCAGCCCCAGAUCCAGCGGAUCGAGAACCUCGAGCAACGCAUGCGGGCCGGGAGAACGCGGGCCAGCGCGCUGAGCGACCGGCUCGAGGCGAUGCGGGCGGAGAUUGACCGCUGGGAAAAGAGGGAGGUGGAAUUCCAGACCCGGGUGAAUCGACGGCUGCGCAUCUUCUGGGCCGUGGUUGCGGCGGCAAUUCUCACAGCUGGCAUUGCGCUGGUGAUUCAGAAUUGGACUACAGUAUCUGGACCGGAGGGGUUUGCACAGGCCGGGGAGUUGGCCAACCGAUCGACGCUGUGGAGGGAUAGCCACCAGACAGAGGGCUCGUUGCAUCGAUCCAACAAUCCCGAGUCGACAACUCGUCCGUCGGAGCCCAGCCCAGAUCCGCUACGAAUGUUGGACGAACUCUGA